AUGAAUGAUGAACUACUCGAGUGGGUGUACCCGGGAUCCGCCUAUCUAAUAUACACAGUAUUAACACUUUCAUUCAUGAGUGUUUUCAGAGAAGUUCUCAUAAACAAAUUGUUCGGUCCGGAAGUGGUGAUAAUGUCUUACGAAAUUUUCGGCUCGGUGAUGUUUUGUAUGUGUCUUUUUGGAGAAGCCGUCAUCUUCGAAUACUAUGGAUACAUACCAAUGCUCUUUGUGACAAUAUGCCAUAAUUUGUUGGUUGGUAUGCUGAAUAUGCUGGCCUGUGAUCGACACUACGCGGUUCUUGCUGAAUUGAAAAAUGAGGGUAAUGCGAUCAAUAAAAGGACCAAACAAGGGCGGAUGGCUCUCCGUGUCAUUGGAGCAGUUGCUUCAACUUUUAUAACUCAUAUAAUGAAAAUGAUGGUAGUAGAACGAUGUCUGAGUUUCGAAUUCACGACGCAAGAGGCAGCAGCCUAUCCAUAUACAGACUAUCUCGUCUUUAUUGUUCUCUUCGAAUUCUCAUUCGCUCUCGUUCUUCGAUUGGCUUGGACUUGGCUUCCGGAUUCUGGAAUUCAAGUGUUUCUCCCAAUAGUCUACGCAAUGAUUUUCAAGUCGGGACAAAGAGUUGGAAAAUAUCCAAUGGUUCAUCCGAUACUCACGUUACUCGGUGUGACUCGCAAUGCUCGAUUCGAUACCGAUUGCCUCAUCCACACGAUAAUACUGUUCGCUGGCUGGGCGUGUGGUUAUUUGCUUCGAUGUGAACCGACUACUCCACGACGUCAUCAUCCCAAUAGAAGAGCGUUGAACAUGCUAUCCACUCCCUGA